AUACGCAACCAGUCUACAACCGUGAUUUACGUUAUCUUCUGCACUUUAGGUCUAUGGAAAAAAGGUAGUGAUCAUGGUUGAAAUAUACAGAUCACAUCGUCUCGAAUUGUUAUUUUUAGAAAUAAAAUGACAGCAUAACAGGUUAUCAAUUUUACUAUAGACUUAACUAUUACUGUAUAUUUUACCGUGACUUAUUUGAUUUUUUCAUUGAAAAUUUGAUGAAGGGGUAUAUAUGCGAUAACGUUGUUUAAUUUAAUCAUGGUAGUGUUCGAAUAUUCUGUGAUUUUGACGGCUUUCGGUCGUAGGUUCUAAAGUUACCACUUACCUAUAUGGUACCUAUGACCGCUUACCGGUUUUCACAUUUGUCUUAUCAUAUCAUCUUGAACUACGGAGACCGGGAUAUGAAAAACCUGCAGUCUGCACUUUUCCUAUUGUUUUAAAUUAUGUUAUAUGUCUUAUUUCAAACUAAAUUUGAUAUAACUGUUAUGCAAUAUGGACGAUGAAGUCUACAUUAAAAAUAUUAAAGAGUUUUUACAAAAUUAUAAUAAAAUUACUGAUGAAUGUUUCACUCAGUGUGUUUAUACUCUAGCUCAAAGCAAAUUGACAGAUGAUGAGGUGUCAUGUGCAAAUAAUUGUGUACAGAAAGCUACUGCUGUAGAUAAAAAGUGUAUGCAAGCAUUUAUUGAACAUCAGCAACAGUCGGUGCAAAGAUAUGUAGAGGAAGCCAAUCAAAAGAGUUUAGUUGAGCAAGAAAACACUAAUAUUUUAAAUGAAACAGAAUCCAAAAAUGACUAAACCUAAUUGUCAACAGCUAAAAAGACUCAAAUUGAUAGAAGAACAGUUAUUUUUUCAAGUUUUCUAUGUUGUUUUUAAUUUGUGUUUCAUAAUAAAGUAGUAUGUAUUAAUUACAUGAGGUAUGAAAUUUCUAGUAAUUUUAAUUUGUAACGAGAGAAAAAUACUUACUUGCUGUUAAUUAUAUAUUGUAGUUUGAAAUUAUGAGUAAUUAAUGAAGAUACACAGUUAAGAAAAUAAUCAUUUAAAUACAUUUUAAUAAUAAUUAUUAUACAUGAAUAACAAACUUGAAAGAUUUUCA